AUGACAAAUAAUGAUAAUUGUAAUAGUAAUCGUAGUCACAAUAGCUAUCGUAAUAGUAAUGGUAAUGAUAAUAGUAAUAGUAACAGUAAUCGAAAUAGUAAUCGUAAUAGUAAUCUUAAUAGUAAUCGUAAUAGUAGCCGUAAUAGUAAUUUUAAUAGUAAUCGUAAUAGUACUUUUAAUAGUAAUCGUAAUAGUAAUCGUGAUAGUAAGGUUAAUCGUAAUAGUAGCCGUAAUAGUAAUUUUAAUAGUAAUUUUAAUAGUAAUCGUAAUCGUAAUAGUAAUCGUAAUAGUAAUCUUAAUAGUAAUCGUGAUAGUAAGGUUAGCCAUAGUAGUAGCCGUAAUAGUAAUCUUAAUAGUAAUCGUAAUAGUAGCCGUAAUAGUAAUUUUAAUAGUAAUUUUAAUAGUAAUCGUAAUCGUAAUAGUAAUCGUAAUAGUAAUUUUAAUAGUAAUCGUAAUAGUAAUCUUAAUAGUAAUCUUAAUAGUAAUCGUAAUAGUAGCCGUAAUAGUAAUCUUAAUAGUAAUCGUAAUAGUAGCCGUAAUAGUACUCGUAAUAGUAAUCUUAAUAGUAAUCGUAAUAGUAAUCUUAAUAGUAAUCGUAAUAGUAAUCUUAAUAGUAAUCUUAAUAGUAAUCGUAAUAGUAAUAAUAGUGAUUUUUAUAACGUUAUCUUAGACUUAGAGCUUAACUUAGCUUUACUCUUAUACAAG